UGUUGUGCCAAAAGAGGACAGACGCUCAGACCCUUGAGUGGGAGGCUCGAGUGUGACUGUCAGCUGAGAACUUACACUGUUGCGCUCAACCUUCAAAGACAGUUGGACGCUGAGGUCGGCGGACUCUGAGAAGACGUUACCCUGAUAAUCUACAUCCUUUGGGAGGUCCACCAUCUAAACCAGAAUGGAAGUUCGACGUGAAAAAAAGCACGCCUGCGGGACGAUUUGUCUGAAGUAUCUUCUUUUUCUUUUCAAUGUUCUUUUCUGGCUGGCAGGUGGGGCUGUGUUGGCGGUGGGCGUGUGGACUCUGGUGGAAAAGAGCGACUACAUCAGUUUGCUGAGCUCCAGCUUCUAUGCAACUUCGGCGUACAUCCUGAUAGCUGCUGGAGUCAUCGUGAUAGUGACCGGGAUAAUCGGCUGCUGUGCCACGCUGAACGAGAUGAAGAGUCUUUUGGUUGUGUAUCUGAUCUUGUUGCUCUGUAUUUUCCUUCUGGAAAUCAUUGCUGGUGUUCUGGCAUACAUUAACUACCAAGAGUGUUUCCCUUUCUGCUACCAGCUGGAUGAAGAGCUCAAACAGAACCUGAAAGUGACCAUGCAGCAGAAAUACCAGCAGCCAGGAGAGGAGAGCAUCACACAGGCUGUGGACAAACUACAUCAGGAGUUUAAGUGUUGUGGUAGCCACAACUUCUCAGACUGGAGCGACAGUGUGUGGAUCCAGGCAGCAGAGAACGAGCGUCUUGUUCCCGAUAGCUGCUGUAAAACUCCAGGUGAACUCUGCGGCCGCAGGGACCAUCCCUCCAACAUCUACAGAGUGGAGGGAGGCUGCAUCAUGAAGUUAGAGGAAUUCCUCUUGAGUCAGUUAUAUAUUCUCGGUGCAGUUGGUAUAGGGAUUGCAUUUCUACAGCUUCUGGGGAUGAUGUUUACAUGCUGCCUUUACCGGAAUUUGAAAGAAGAUCCAUACUAAUUUUGUACUUCCCCCCUCCCCAUCCAUCUAUUCAUUUUCUUCCAAUUCAUGACCGUGGGGAUGGGUGCUGGAGCUUAUCCUAGCAGUCAUAUGGCGAGAGGGAGGGUACACCAUUGGACAGGUCACCAAUCUGUCACAGGGCUAAUACAUGAGGACAGACAACCAUUCACACCAACAGAAUUUAGAAUCACCAAUUAACCCAACCUUGUGCACACUGUCGGUGGAAGUUGGAGUACCUGCAGAGAACAUGCAAACUCCACACAGAAAGGCCCCAGGUUGGAUUUGUACCCAGAAUCUUCUUGCUAUGAUAAUGCUAACCACCACACCACUGUGACACCCUUGUAGGGAUCACUGUAGUUUUUUUAAACAUCACAAAAUUUAACACAACUUCUAAAAUGUUUUCCAAAUUAUUAUAACCCCACCACCCCAAAAAAGUAUUUUUUCCCACAGUCCUACGAUGCUGCAUAGUUACUUCAAACACUGCGAUGCUGCUGGACAGCACUGCUCAUUUGUUCUCGCAAAAACAGCUUUGCAUGUGUUUAUGUAUUCUUUAAUUUAGGUCACAAAGGAUUUUUAACUCUUUAAAAUGAGUGGUGUAUAUUUAAAAAGCAGAGCAAUAUGAGCAUGUUGUGGCCGCUUCUCUGUUUGUCUUUUUAAUUGCUUUUUUAUGUAUAGUCAUUACAAAUGUGUAUUUAAAAAACUAAUAUAAAGAACUAUUUUUCUUUGUUGGAUGCAAAUAAAAGAUACUUCCUUAUAAUUUUCA